AUGAAUUGUGGUGGCGCAGCGGUUUUGCCUUCGACAUCUGUUGUCACUGAAAAAUCUGUGGUGGAAUCAAGUGGUAUGACGUAUGAUGACGAAAGAUUGAGUGCUCGAUGGAAAGAACGACGCGCGCGAUUUUUAGGCUGUAUUGAAAACACGAAAUUAAUAGCAGAACGAACAAAACAACGUCAAGAGUAUGCUCGAAAAGAGCGUCUGAAAAAAGAAAGGGCUGAAAUGGAAAAGUAUCGACGAAGGUACUUAGAAGCUGCUAUGAAGCAGCACAUGGAGCAGCAAGCUAAAUCUCGUGAAAUGCCGUCAUCAUCCAUGAUUCACUCUGGUCUUCAUCAUCCGCAAUUCCCUUCCGCAGCACAAGCUUAUUCAGGUUGCAUACAGCAAGUACAUGGUUGUCCUACUCCUUUCCCAACAACUUAUCCAUCCGUGUCUACUUGUAAACCAAAUGUAAAUUUUCGAUUAACCAUGCGCAAAAGACCUCAUGAUAGCAACAGUGAAUGGACACAAUAUGCAUCCAUGUCUGUUGUUAAUGAUCCACAUUGUGUAUAUCCUGGAAAAGGCUCACAAGUAUUUCAAAAUGGUAUAAAUUCAAUACAGAUGGCAAAUCCGCCACAUUAUUUCAAUAUGGUACCAAAACAAAUUCCAUAUGCUGAAACAAGUUAUAAUGAAGCGAGAGAUGUAAAAAAGAUGAUUUCUGUAACAGUCCUUGUUUUACAGUCAGAUAAAACAAUAGAUCAAAGUAUCUCACAACAUAUGUGUAAUGUACCAGAACAUAAUGAAGCAGAGCAGUACGAUCAAACGACAUUUGGGGAUUUAAUGUCACCAGCAACGUCACAAGCUGAGCAGUCUUUCGUUUCGACUAUUACCGAAGAAAUGAAUAGCUUGUCAGCGAUACCGGAAGUAGCAGAGUCGCAUGUGAAGGAUUUAAUGGAUGAAAUCAAACCGGGUAAUUCCCUGGAUGAUCUGGGAGGAAAUUGUCUAGAUGGAGUACUGACUAGUCAUUGUGAUGAAGAAGAUUUGGUAACUGAAAAAAAUAUAGGAUCUCAAGUACAGUCAUUGAGUGCUGCAACUAUUUCACCGAUGUCAGUUUCCGGUCACACACCUAUAAAUGCUGUAUCACCACCAACACAUCUUUCUGCAUCAACUCGAUGUUCUGCAAAUACGUUUUAUGAAUCGCAUAGCACUGCUGUUACACCCCAGCAAAAUGCUAUUACAUCACCUGCUGAUCAGUCACAUUUAAUACAGAUGGGAUCACCGUUAGCAGCAGCAGUGACACCACUUCAGAUGAUGAGACCAGAAAAUUCUUCAAUGUGUACAAGUAGUGCCGGAGAUAAUCAGGGAGUAGCUCCCAAUGCCAGUAUCAGUUGUGUACCUCUGGCAUCACCUCAGCCUAACUGCAUCAGCAAUUACAGUGCUAACAUGAAUGGGAAUCUCAUGUAUAGUAAUCAGGCAGUAGCUGCUGUUCAACCUGUAGUAUCAAUACCUCCUUCUGUUCAGUCACAUCAACACGAACAUAUCCAACACCAUUCAUUUUCCCACUUUCAGUCGUAUCAAAGUAAUUCAUGUCAUCAACAGCAACAGCAGCAAUUACUACAUUUAUUUAACAAUGGAUACCACAUGUCUACUCGUAAUGUACCACUUCCACAGUUGAAUAAUACUCGAACUUACAAUGGAAUUGAUUACUCAAGAUUUGGUCAGUACUAUAAUCAACAUAACCAUCACACAGAGAAGCAGCCCAUUAUUUUUCCCAGGUUACCGUCCCAGAGUGUGCUAAAUUAUUCAACUGAACAGUACGAUGCAUAUUCUAUGAAGUAUCCAAACGUUGGAAUGUCAUGUCACAUGCAUAUGAAUCAAACAAAUAUGGAUGCACACCACACUUAUCAGUGUAAGUUUCAUAAAGUACAAGGACCGUCACCAUAUCAAAUACCGUGUCAGCGUCACCCCUAUUACGGUAGCGACAUGCUACCAGCUGCUCAAAAUGCGUCAUACCCGAUGAAUCAGUUCUGA